AUGCAACGCUUUUUGCAUCUUCUUCCAUUGGCCUUGAAUAGCUUCAGAGCUGUCAAAGCCUCUGAGUUGCCCGCUGCAAUCGGUCCACCUCCCGACGCCAACCCUUUGGCCUUGGGACUCUACGCCACGCAUGAGAUCCAAGAGCCUACCGCACUCGAAAUAGAUGGCGAAAUCCCAUCAUGGCUCACCGGAUCUCUGUACCGUGGCGGUGCAGGUACCUGGGACGUCGGCAACUUUACAGCUGAACACUGGUUCGACGGCUUCAGUCGUAACCACAAGUUCGAGAUUGCCAAUGGUGCCGUCACCUACAGAAGCCGCAACUCAACUGAUGAGCUUAUUCACUUUGUCCGAGAGACGGGUCUUUAUCCAUCGGGCUCGUUCGGAACGGACCCUUGCAAGAUCAUCUACGGCGCCAUGGAGACCACGUUCAGGGAUGGAAACAACACUCACGGCGACAGUGAUAACAACAAUGUCGGCGUUGCCUUCAUCCCUAACUUUGCUGGUUUGGAUCGUAACACCAGCAGCGUCGGAUCGCCUUUCGACACUUUGGUCGUCACGACAGAUGCCAAUUCCCUGCAGCAGAUCGACCCAGUCACUCUGGAGCCCAUUGAGCUCUUCACCUACCGAGCUGCGAAUCCACUACUGAGCAAUGACGGACGGACCGCCGCUCACCCAUUCUUUGGAACGGACGGAUCCAUCUACAACUAUCUCCUCGACAUGUCUCUCAAGACUCCUACUUAUCGCGUCUUUGGUAUCCAGCCUCCAAGUGGUGAAGCCAAAAUCCUUGCCAAUAUCACCGACGCGCCGCCAGCCUACCUUCAUUCCCUUUUUGGCACAGAGAACCACCUCAUUCUCAUCGUCUGGCAGGCUGAUCUUGUCAAGCCUGGAAGAACCGUCAUGGAAAGCAUGGGUCCAUGGAAUCCCGACCGGAAGUCACUUUUCUACGUCAUUGAUCGUGUCAACGGCGGCGUCGUCGCCAAGUAUGAAUCGGAGGAUGCAUUCUUUGCAUUCCACCAGAUCAACUCUUUCGAGACAGAAAAUGGGGACAUCUACGUCGAUCUGCCGACUAAGCCGGAUGCGAGCUUCUUGAGCGCAGCCAAGGUGUCCAACUUGAGGGCAAACAUCGGCACUUCCCACGGCUCAUCCAUUAACGAUAUUGCUGGUACAUUCACUCGAUACCGUCUGCCAUGCCUCGGUGGCAAUGCUCGUGCCUCCAAUGGAUCCCUCAUCACACACACCACCGAGGUCGACUUCACGCUACCCUAUGCCGAGGCAAACAUUGAGCUUCCGCGAAUCAACGAAAAGUUCUACGCACGCCCUUAUAGGUAUACCUACGGUGUUCACGUCAACCAAAAGGGUUACUUUAGCGACUCCAUCAUCAAGAUUGACACUCAGACCAAGGAGGUUAAGACUUGGACCCCAUCUGUCAAGCACCUCCCGUCUGAGCCAAUCUUUGUGCCCACUCCGGGCGGCGAGUGUGAGGACGAUGGUGUUCUCUUGACAGUGGCCAUGGAUACUACGAAGAGGGCUCGUUCUUUGGUGGUUAUCAAUGCGACGACUAUGGGGGAGAUUGGACGAGCUCGGAUGCCGGUCGUUAUGGGCUACGGGUUCCAUGGUGUAUAG